UCGUUUGCCUCAUUCGCUGUAUCUCCACAGUAUCGUUUUAUUCGCUGUGCGCGCUUAAAUAAACGUACCUCGAGUUGUCAUAUACACGCUGAUGAUCAGGAAAAAUUUAAGCCCCAACUUUGCGGAAUUGGAAAUGCUAAGCUGAGACAAGUAUACAAGAUUUCAGUUCGAUCGGCGCGUUAUAUAUUCCGAACGACGUGCAUGAUCGGAAUAGAAAUUGUAUCAGGUGCGAUUAAGGUGCGUGAAAGGAGCAAGGAUAUCCAAUCCGAAGAACAGAUUGCUUAUCGAUGCUCUGACGGCCGUGUAUCUCGCCAAACGGAAAAUGGUUAUGCAAUUCCGUUUGGAUUGGGGGAAUUUUGUUGUUAACAUAUAAAAUCUCAGCUAUAUAUCUCAGCUAUACGUAUCAAAACCAAAAUUAUAAUAUGUUUCAGUUUUAAUUUCACAGUCCAUGAUCAUUUACCGAUAUCUUUCAAUGGGAUUGCAAUGGAGAUAGCAAGGUCUAUUAUUUCAAUCGAUUUGAAAUGUAUAUUACAGAUGAGAAUAUAUAUUGAGACUGAAAUCUCGAUCGCAAAUUACAGAAAAUAAAACGUAUAUAUUCCUAAUAAGUUUUUUAUGAUUAGAUAAAUAGCAGACAUCGAGAGCGCGGUUGCUAUAAAUAUCUUCAUUUUCAUGUUUUUCGAAAAAUCAUCAAUAAUUUACAAUAUAUUUUAUCGAUUGGCAAAAUCACAGGGAGUAUCGCAGAUAUUUUUGGAAAGGUGUUAUCGGCGCUGUAAAUAUACCUAAGUAACUGGACAUUGAUUAAAUCAUGACGAAAACUGAGGUGCCAAGACGGUUCAUACAAAUGUCGAAUUUUGAGCCGUCAGAACGAUGGCGAAUUAUAAGGAAUAUUCUAGCGAUCGGUUGUGCUUUUAUGGUGAAUUUUACUGCCUUUAUGGGAGCCUCGAAUUUACAGAGCUCUAUCAAUGCGGAUCAAUCGCUGGGUACAUUUACUUUAUCGGCGAUUUACGGCAGUCUAAUCUUCAGCAACAUUUUUCUACCCGCUCUUAUCAUAAGUUGGUUAGGAUGCAAGUGGACAAUGUCUGUUUCCAUAUUGACUUAUAUGCCUUUCAUAGCUUCUCAGUUUUACCCAAAAUUUUAUACGAUGAUUCCCGCCGGAUUAUCGGUCGGAUUAGGCGGAGGACCGCUUUGGUGCGCGAAGUGUACUUAUUUAACUGUGGCAGCAGAAGCCUACUCAACUGUCUCAGAUAUAUCCGCAAAUGUCCUUGUCACAAGAUUCUUUGGUCUCUUCUUCAUGUUCUAUCAAAUGGCUCAGGUGUGGGGAAAUCUUAUAUCUUCAGCAGUUCUUUCCUAUUCAAUCGAGACGGUUACCAAUAAUGUAACUCUAAACAGUAGUGUUGUGGCAGAAAAAUGCGGUGCAAAUUUCUGUGGAGUAUCUGGUAUAGAAGACGAAAAUCCGAAUCUGCAACGACCUCCUAUAGAACGAAUAUACUUAAUCUCUGGGAUUUAUUUAGGCUGCAUGAUAUUAGCUUGUCUAAUAAUUGCGUUCGGCGUUGAUUCCUUAUCCAGAUACGAUCGGAGCAGAACUCGCUUGGUGAAAGGAACGUCUGGAUUUAAACUCCUGGCCGUGACAUUAAAAUUGUUGAAAGAGAAGAAUCAACUUUUAAUAUUGCCAAUAAUAUUGUUCAUCGGAGCUGAGCAGGCAUUCUUAUUUGCCGAUUACAACGCAUCAUUCGUUUCUUGCGCUUGGGGGAUUAGCAAUAUCGGUUACGUGAUGAUAUGUUUUGGUGUCACAAAUGCUAUAGCUGCGCUCGCUACGGGAUCUAUCGUGAAGUUGACGGGAAGGAAGCCUGUAAUGUUCUUUGCUUUUUGUUUGCACUUGAGUCUUUUCAUUUUUAUGUUACAAUGGAAACCGGUGCCAGAACAGGGCAUCAUCUUCUUUCUGGUGUCAGGUUUAUGGGGUGUGUGCGAUUCGAUCUGGCUGGUACAAAUUAACGCAUUGAGUGGUAUAUUAUUUCCUGGUCAAGAAGAGGCAGCUUUCUCCAACUUCCGCCUGUGGGAGUCCACUGGUUCAGUGAUAACGUAUGUGUAUAGCCCGUAUCUAUGUACCUUUACGAAAUUAUAUUUCUUAAUCGGAAUAUUGUGCGUUGGAAUGAUCGGUUAUGGCAUUAUCGAGUGGUCAGGUACAACGAAUAGAGCUGUUUCUGACAACAAGCCCGAUUUUGAAUUAGUUAAUAGAGUUGACUAACAAAUUUGAAUAAUAAAAUUUUCUAACAAAGAGAUUAAGCAACAAAAUAUAAAAAUAAUUUUAGCGUAAGAGUAGGUAUUUUUCUUUUCAGUCAAUGGCAUUGUAGGGAAUUUCUUGACAUUUUUAUUUUUUGAUAUUAUUUAGUACUAACAAUAAGAUAAGGGAAAAUUAGAAAGCUAUAUAUUUAAAAAUUAUUGAAAAAGAAUAGAAUUGAAAUGCUUUUGACUUAUCACUUGUUUAAUAUUGAUUCUUUGCCACUAAUAAGCUAUAUAUAAGAAAUAAUUUGUAAAAUCUACUAUGUACCUGAAAUUAUAUUAGAAUAAGAAAAAAGGAGAAUGUAUUUUGUGAACUAAAACACAAUUGUUAAGAAGAGAAAAUUCGAUAAGAAAUUCUCGUACAGUUAUAGCUUAGAAAUGAUUUUUUUCUCAUUCCUCACAGUUAUAACACAUCAGAUAUAUGCAACAUAUAUUACAAAAAUCGUGUGCGUGAAACUUUUCUGAAAAUCAAACGAAAUUUUUUAAUCGCGGAAAGCAAUAGGUGCGAUUUUUUAUUAUUUGUACCACAAUAUAUGUUUUUAUUUUAUUUUUGUGGACACCUACUAAAUUUUACACAGGUAUUCGCUUAACGGCUAAGAUUCUUGUCCUUCAUUUAAAUACGUAAUUUAAUGUUACAUCGUGUGCCUAGGUGCUAACAUUCAAGCUAGAGCUACGGCUGCUUAGUUUAAUUGUAUACUUAUGUGCUUAAUUGCCGACUGUGUGCUUAUUUCGUUGCCAAAAUCAAUUGAUUCCCGCCUUCGGCGAAGUCGGCUUACCAAGUUGCGUGAUUUUCUUUCCAUAAUAAGGUUGAUCGAUGUUCUUCGACAAUGGCAAUGUCGAAUCAAUUGAUCGGCGAGUCGUAUUUUAGCAUCGUUAAAUUGCUGAUUGUAUCGUGAUUAUUAGCUUAACUUUGCGUUCAUCGUAUUUACAAUUCAAGUGUUUUCUGCAGUUCAGUUAUAUACUUUAUAAAACGUAGUAGGAACUUUGGUUUCGCUGGGCAAUGUUUCAGGAGCAGUUUCCUCUUAUCGAUUUGUGUUUUGUUUUUAUUUUAUAACUCGACGUGACUUUUUUUUUUAGGGAUGUUUAUUUUUUUCUUUAUUAUUCGGUUAUGUAACGUAGGGCUAUCCUUUCUUAUUUUUUGUCUAUUUUUAGUUUACAAAAAUCACCAGAUAAAGCGAGUAAGAAUUCAGCUGGAAACUGCUAUAAAACAUUUGCCCGUGGAUCUAUCUUCCUUAGAAAUAUGACAUUCACGAAUACAAUUCACAUGUUUUUUUGUAAUACUCAUGUUUAUAUUUUCGUAAGGAUCUAUUCGAAUAUUUCAAUUUCACGAAGAAAAUACACAUGAUUCUUAAACUGUU